GUGCGAAUUUUUCUUCAUGGAAAGAUUCACUGAUGCUAACUCUUGGCAUGUUGGAUUUUGAUUAUGCACUGAGAGAGCCUGCCCCUCCUGCCCUCACUGAUAAAAGUACUGCUGAAGAUAAAAUAGUACAUGAGAGAUGGGAGAGGUGCAACAGAAUGGCUCUUACGCUCAUUAAAAAAUUCCAUCAUCAUAAUCAUCAGGGGAGCUAUUCCAGAUUCAUCUAAUGCUAAAACAUAUCUGGCUUCCGUGGAGGAACAAUUCAAGGCAACUUCUAAGGCACAUGCUAGUACUCUUAUUUUGAAGAUGGUGACUACAAAAUAUGACUGGAAUAGCGGCAUUCGUGAGCACAUCAUGAUGAUGAACGACAUGGCCCGUAAGCUCAAGGGAUUAGACAUGGAGAUCAGUGAAGGUUUUCUGGUGCACUUUAUAAUGACUUCUCUUCCUGCAUCUUUUGAAGCUUUCAAGGUCAACUACAACACCCAGAAGGUCAAGUGGUCGAUGAAUGAGUUGAUUGCUAUUCACAAAGGAGGAGGAGAAAGGAUUCCAUCUCCAUUGUUGAGCCAAGAAGAAGAAGAAGGAGCAAGGAGAAACAUCAAAGUUUCUAAAAUCCUGAGUGAAAAACGCAGCAGCAACUUCUUCGUAAAUUCUAUUCAUUCAAGCAAAGAAAAGAGGAAGAACUUCAACUCCAUUGGUGAAACAAGAAGAAGAAAUCAUCAUAGUUUCUUCAAAAUCCUGGCAGGAGCAAACCGUCACCUUGAACUCCCAGAGAGUAUCGUAGAGAAGACCUGACGUUGGAAGCUUGAAGUUGAUAGAGGUGUCCGUACGUUGAACAUUCGUUGAGGCGUAUACUUUAUUCCUAUCACUUCUGUCUUCAACGUUAUCAAGGUAACAAUACUGAUCAUGGAGCCCAUCCCGGAGGUCAAUGAGAGUGACGAGAUGUACGGACUGGUGGACCACAUUUAUGAUGCUUUAAUUAAAUAAAUACCUUUUCGGGCGAGAACCCAGAAAAAUGUAAAACAAUUUAAUUAUGUUUUAUAUUUAAGCUUCUGUACUAUUUCAGCAAUACUCUGAAUUUA